AUGUCUACUCUGUCUAUCAGAUCUUCUGUAUCUGGCAACCACUAUGUCUAUGACUCGGGAAUCUGCACAAGGAAACCCAUAUCUGCUCUACUGACAAAGUUCAAAAUUCCUUGCUGGUAUCAAGCACCCUCACUCCGGAAACAGAUGGUGAAAACAACGCAGGUUACUAAAUCUACAGGUACUACUAUUGAGUUGUUUUCUGGCUCAGAUGGAAUUCUGGAUGCUAAUGGUACUUGUCUCAGGAUCUCUGGUGGAAAUGUCACAGUCAACACAGGAGCCAUACCUGGAUCACACUCCAAUGUGCCUAGUAUUCCUCAAGGUUUCAGCACAAACUAUUUGAUGCGGCAACAAGGGUUGACAGCAAAUAUCAGCUGCUGGGCCAUUGACUCGACUGCUUCGAGCAACAACUCCAUUACCGGUCUUCACUUGUGGAAUAUCAGUGCAAACUGUGGUAUCAGACCAAUAGAUGUGAACCAAACUUAUACAAGCUUCACCAUUUUCACACAAGGGUUUUACAAGUAUAAUUCCCUUAAAGCAAGCACAUGCAAAGUGGUUCCCCUGUUAACCACAGUCCACGCCAAUUAUUCUAAUGAACAAAUUUCUUCUGAGGUCAUCUUAUCUGCUCCUUUCCACCCAGAGAACACCGAGCUGCUGUUAUUUAUCGCUGGAGUUGCUAGAACUUAUGAGCAGCACAAUUGGGGAUACCUUAUAUUCCAUCUAUUCCUCGACCACUACCGAGAGGAUUACUGGUGUGGUGUUGUCGAGUUUUCUGCCACGUUCCUUCACUCCGGGUUUAUGGCUGUAGGCAGCGUCCCCAAUAAUGACAUCCCAAACAACCUCUCUUCCCAAGUCAAUGGGACCAUGUUCAUAUUGACAAUAGGCUGGACUCACUGGGCUAAGAACUCGCUGACAUAUCUGUUUGCUACAAUGCUGCUGUAG